ACGGACUGGGUGUGUCUCCUGGAGGCAGGAAGUUGAGCGCACGGCCGAGCUCGUUGUAGUGUUGGGAGUUCGUUAACGCUGUUAUUGAAUAACAACGGCAAAAUGGUCGUUUUCAGAUUAAUUUCUUUGUCGAUUAGUCGAAAUUAAAUCACAUGUGUUGCUAAACGAAGUUUUAUCGCGAGAGACUGCAAAAAAUACUAAAAAAGGGACGGGGUUGCAUUGAGAUGACGGAGUACAAACUGGUGGUGGUGGGAGCUGGAGGAGUGGGAAAAAGCGCCUUGACCAUCCAGCUCAUACAGAACCACUUUGUAGACGAAUAUGACCCCACCAUUGAGGACUCCUACAGAAAGCAGGUGGUGAUUGAUGGGGAGACAUGCCUGCUGGACAUCCUAGACACUGCUGGUCAAGAGGAGUACAGUGCCAUGAGGGACCAGUAUAUGCGAACAGGAGAGGGGUUCCUGUGCGUCUUUGCAAUCAACAAUAGCAAGUCCUUCGCUGACAUCCACCUGUACAGGGAGCAGAUCAAGAGGGUGAAGGACUCGGAUGACGUGCCCAUGGUGCUUGUGGGCAAUAAGUGUGACCUGCCAACGCGGACUGUGGACACGAAGCAGGCGCAGGAGCUGGCUCGAAGUUACGGCAUCGAGUUUGUGGAGACGUCAGCUAAAACCAGACAGGGAGUGGAAGACGCUUUCUACACUCUGGUUCGGGAGAUCAGGCAUUACCGGAUGAAGAAGCUGAACAGCCGUGAGGACCGGAAACAGGGCUGUAUGGGGGUGUCCUGCAGCGUGAUGUGAUCGGGGCUAAAGUCAUUGCCUCGCCCCCUGCUGGUCGGGCUGGGCCUGGACACAGUGAGCUGCAGUGGAGAGAGAGAGGGGCAUUACUGUGAUUGGAUGUGCUGGCAGGUCCUCCUGCUCCCCCUCCCUUGCUUCCUCUGGGCCCUGGGAGCUCCUCCACUGUGCUUCAAUUGCCCGAUCACCUUGGGUUCUGUUCUCAACUUCCCUGGCCAGGCGAGCACCACUGUGGAGUCUGUAGCCCUCGUGUUCCCCCCCCAACCUUUUCUGUACCCGACCUUGAGACACCAGAGAUUCCAGCAUCGUCAUCCAUCACUAUCCCAGCUGCUCGGCAGCUGCCGGAUUAGCCAACCCACUGCUCAUGGUUUUUGGUUUCAACGUUUUCUGAUAAAAACCCAUUAGAGUUCCAGUUGUGCUCGUUUAUCUCUACAUCUACAUGCAAGUGGCCUGUAUGUGAUGAACUUAUUUAAUUUUUUUGUACAUUUCUUUGGAUUUAUAGAUUAUUUUUAAGCCUGACACAUCUGCCACACUGUUAAAAUCUUUGCAUUAUUCAGGAGUAGUUUCUGGAGUAAAAGCUUUUGAGUUUUACAGUUUCCCUUGUUAUGAAGUACCAGUGGCUUCUAUGAUACAGACUGAAAAAGAAAAAUAAGUCACCCGGAUGCCUUUUGCCUUAAAGGGUGCUAAUUACAGCACGGCUUUGUUCGGUUACUGCUUACAUCUCAGCCCUUAGUGAUUCCUCUUUAAUUGUUUUCAACUUUUCUCUUUUAAUAAGGGCUAGUUGUGCUAUAGAAUUGCAUACCUCUGAGGCUGACAAGUUAGUUGUCAAGAUGUAUCCAGGAAAAUUCAGUUGAUUUGGGUUAAUCUUGACCAUCCCUGACAAGACAGUGCCUCAACAGAGGUCCAAAGUAAUGUGCUGAAGCACGCCAGUCCCUGUGUUUUUGGUUUUAUUUCAUUGUGCCCAAAAACAUUUCCCAAUGUGGCCUGCAAUCACCUCUACCUCAAAGCUUAAAUCUGCAAAUCCAGUGCACCUCUGCCACAGUGAGUGUGUACCAGGGCCCAUUUAGGCCAUUACUCUUCACCCCAUGGGGAGAAACUCAAGUGUGACGAGUAAAAGAAUAAAGGUAUUUCACGGCACCUGUUUGCAUCAUUCAUCUGUAGACCUAGCUUCUACCUAGUGGUCACUUCAAAUCCUGCCUGAAAAAGGGUUUAAUAAUCCAGACUAGGAGCAGGCCAAGCCUCCUUGUUUGUUUUAAUGGUAGAAUGGCUUCUGCAUGCCUGUGGGGCCAUGGAGCAGGAACUGCUCAGCAGUUUCUGUGUGCUUCUUGAGGUUAGGCCCUUUCCUGUCCAUUGCUGGUCAGCAUGAAGGCCUUGAAUCUAGAACCACCAGUACUGCCCUUUGCAGGCCCUGUGACGUCACACAAGGUCUUGCUGAUGGUGAGGACAUUUGGUUUCUAUUCCAGCGAAAGGGCUCUUUCCCAGGACUUCCCUUGGUAUUUGACUGACUGCAAAAAAAUCAGUCCCCCUGUUCUGUUUCUUCUCAAACUGCAUAGCUGAGAAUUGGAGUGAAUUUAAAACAUGGUCAAACUCAAUUCCGAGUAGUCCUGGGGGUCUUCUUGGUUUUGAUACAGUCUGCGGAGUCAAUUCAAUUUCUUUAAUUAGAUGGUUAAAGGAUAUUUCUUGAGGUUGUUUAUGAAUGGUUACUAAACAAAAUACACUUCAGUCCACCCAGGUUCCCAUAGCGCACCAAGCCCGAUUAGAAAAAUGAGCAAUUAUGCUGUUAAUUAGACCAAUAAUGUCUUACUGAGAGCUCAGGUGGAGCAGAAACCAGAGCCCCAAGCCCUCCAGGAGUUCAGUUGGCACAUCUGCUUUAUAAACUAAUGAAAAGUGUCCACCUAUGUGAUAAGUACUGGACUUUGAAUGCAUUUCAGGAGAAGAUUCAAUUCUUCAGGUGCAGCUGUUAUAUGGUUAAGUAAAUUGUAGGGAGUCCUCGCUCCCUUAUGGAACACUCUCUGAAGAUGCCAUAUCCUUGCAGAAACCUCUCCCCAAGAUGGGAGCACAUUUGUUAAUGCCAUGCUGUCCACUUUUUCUUUAGUUAAUGCUCUAGGGGUGAUUCAUCCUAGUCUUUCCUGAAUAAGUUCUUUAUAACUUGAAGUUGUAACACCUUAUUGUAAUGCAUCACUAUUUUAAGGAGGUGUUUUUUUUAAAGAAUAAUUGGAGACUUAAUGUUCUGGGCAUGCUGAAAAAGCAUCCUGUGUAGAGAAUUUAACUGAUCCCGGUACUGUUUGCUUAGACAGUUCUUUCCAAUACCACUGUACAGAAAAACAUCUAGCAGGCAAACUGGCACUGGAAACAGAACAGGACAGAAUGUGAUCAGAAUGUGAUGUGUUUGCACUUGUAUUCUGUUAACAAUUUUGUAUUGGAAUCGUGUUCACCAGAAUGAAGAAGAUAGCACAGUGCUCUUUGUUCCUGAUCUUGGAGAGCUUCAACCUACAGGUUUUAUAUUCAAACUUCUGAAUGAUUAAAGAUUUCAAAGGUGUUGGACUAAGUUAUGCCAUUGAUUGAGUCAUUAAAAGCUCAGAAUUAAAGCCCCCAAAACAUUGGCUCUCCACUGAUAUAUUGAGGAAUUUCAAACAUUACCUUACCUUUGAAUAUAUUUAGGCUUUAGAAACUUUUAUUGUGACAAGCUGGAUAGAAUUAUAAAACUACAUUGAAGAAGGCUUGAAGGCACUCUGAAAGUUUCACAAUUAUAUUGCUUCCCUGCUCACUUCAUACAUUGGCUUUGUGUGGUGAAGUGGACAUUUUUAAAAUUAGAAAGUAAAAGUGGCCUUUACUAACCUGAAGUUUAGAACAGGAAGGGAGUAAAAAAGCCCCUGUUAUUAAUAUUUCACACUGAGGCAAUCAGAAUUUCUUUAUGUGUUAUAAUUAUGUCUCUGAAAGUUAGCCUUGUACAGCUGGAAGGUGUUAUUGAAGCCUAGUGCCACAGUAUUUUUCUGUAACAGAUGAUGGGUGAAAACAGGGCUCGCUUCUGAGAGUGUGAGAUCCAGUGACUCAGCCUCUGCAGCUGUAUGGCCUUUUGACGUGCCAGUCAGUGUUUAUUUUGAGAGCCCGCUGGACAGCUUUUCUGGCUCAGUGUUGGUCAGUCAGAUCUUCGUUAAGCGGAGGCCUUGAUUUGGCGUCUGAGAGUUUGAUGCUGAAUAUCUGGUCUUCAUUACAGGUUUCUUAUGCUCAUUUCCAUAUCUGAUUUCAGAAGUGGGGGGUGAAAAAGCUGAACCCAUUAUUUUUAUGCCAUUUUCCUCUACCGGUGUCAAAAGUAUAGAAAUAGUUUUUCAAGGUGUAGGUAUUUUAAGGUUUUCUACAUUUAAGGAAUGUUAUGGAGGGUUUCAAUAUGUUAAAAAUUAAAAGUUUAAACGUUUCCACUAGACUUUAACUGUAAAAUUGGUGUCCUUCACACAAGUCAACCAUGUUCUGCUACAACACUGUUCAGUGUGACUGAGCCUCACAAGAGUGUUGUUUUAGAGAACAGGUGGUGUUAUCACAUUUGAUCUCGCAGGCUUUGUUUCAUUGGUAAUGCCAAUAACAUGACUUCAGAUUUGGUGCUGGAAAGAUUUGAUCACUAUCAAAGAAAAUGGCUGCGCUAGUGUCGGAUGUUUGGGGUUUAGGCCUUCUUUGAGACAUUCUCUGUAACACUGAGGACUUGUUUUAAUAUCUUGCUCUAAUGUACUUGGUUGAUUCACAUCUGCUGUGUGAUCAGACUUGGUUUACUUGGGUAUUUAAAACCAUGUAUCUCUCACCUUAGCAUUGGAACAGAAUCAAGGAUCACCUCCACUGCUGUCCCACUGAGGCUAAUUAAGGUGUAUUCAUGUACUUAUGUGGAUGAUUUUGGUGGGCACUGGUAUUCUGGAUCUAAUAUAUGAAAUAUCAAAUAGGUAAUUGUAUUACUGAAGUCAGGAUGAGCAUGUUAAAAAGUGUUCACACAAUAUCUCUUAUAUGCUACACCGGUGGUUUACAGUUGCAAACCUUAAAUGAGUAUUUUUACAUUGUCUAAUAUUUACACUGAAUGUGUAAUGUUGAAGUAUUCAGUUGAACUACACUUUCAUAUAUGAUGUGCCCAUGGGUUUACGGUGCAUCACUGCAAACAUGGUGAAAGUAUAUCAUUAGAAAUUUAGUGCUUAUUGAUUAGUAGAAUGUGAUGCCUGUCAGCCCAGCAAAUUGCCACAGGUGAUAAGUACAAGUGAAGCUGCACUGAGAAUUGAGGGCUGUCUUUCUCUUCUGGUGUGGUGAAAUAAAGAGCAGAACAGGCAAGGACAAAGCGUGGAGCCCUGCAAGUCAUCCAGAGAGACUGCAGGCCAACGGAGUCUCUUAUCUGCAGUCUCAUCUGGUAUUGAGAAGAAAAAAAGAUGCACAGACUGAAAAUUCUUAUUCAAGACAUACGCUUGAUAGUUUUUGGAACUCCCUGAUGGCGGUCAUCGUGGGCCCUUCUGGAUGGAAAGUUCAAGCCCUUUUGAUUGGAUCUGACAGAGGGGGGACAUGGGCACAGUAGCUUUGUCAGAGUGGAGUGUUGAAUUAUGUAGAACUUCGUGAACUUGGCACCUGUAGCCAUCAAAGCAUUUUGAGUCGUUUUGGAAACUGCAUUAAACUGUUGCCGAGUGCCUUCCUUUUUCUUGUCACUGUGCACAUUCCCGUGUGAGUUCCUUUUUUGCAGCUGUAAUAUUAAAGGGAAUGUGCAUCUUUUCUAGUAAGGUGAUGAACAAGUCAUAGCUGUUUUAGCUGCUGCUGUUAAUUUGAGGGGGAUUUGAUGAUUGCUUCACAUUUAAAGAGUGCUCUCCAGAUUACCGCUCUCAUUGGAAAAACAUCUAGCAGGCAAACUGGCACUGGAAACAGAACAGGACAGAAUGUGAUCUUUAUGUGUUUGCACUUGUAUUCUGUUAACAAUUUCAUAUUGGAAUCGCAAGAGUUCACCAGAAUGAAGAAGAUAGCACAGUGCUCUUUGUUCCUGAUCUUGGAGAGCUUCAACCUACAGGUUUUAUAUUCAAACUUCUGGUUACCGCUCUCAUUGUCUGGGAUUCAGUGUUUUGCUGUGGCCUUGUAUAGUAACAUUGCAAAAAUCCCCAGUCGACAGCAGCACCUCUCUGUUCCCACAUGCCUCCCUGUCCUCGGGUAAGGGUGCGAAUCUACUGACAACUGUGCUCUAAGCUGACUACCACAAGGGCUGCGUUUGAUUCUGAAAGGUUUGUUUUUACUUUUGCUUCUGUAAAUUUGAAGUUGUAUAAGACUGUGUGCUUGGAUUUGUUGUGCAGUGUAAUUGUGACCUGGAAUGGUAUUAUGGUUAUGCUUGUAUUAUAAUGCAAACAAAUGUAAUGCUUAAUGAGUAAAUUAAUUUACUAGAAA